AAUUCCCUCCACGCUUGUUUUCAGCCUUCCCCAGGGCAGAGGCGACAGCUGUUUCCCAGCCAUGCCUGCGCUGCGUAGAGUCAUGUUACUGUGGAUUUGUGUCUGCGUCUGGCUUCCAGCUCAGGCCCGGGAAGCCCUGCUCGUUUAUCGCAGAAAUGCUCUCUCACAGGAGACCGAAGAAGCCAUGGGCCCCAGGUUAUUAACGAAAAGAAGCACAAGCUCUGUGAAUAUGGUGGAGGUGUUCAGUGUGAAAGUGGACUGCACGGUGAUGUCUCGUUUCGCCCACACCGUCAUGACCUCCAGGGCUCUGAACAAGGCAAACUCCUCACAGGAAAUCUUCUUUGAAGUGGACCUGCCCAAGACGGCCUUCAUCGUCAACUUCAGCAUGGAAAUUGAUGGGGAGGUGUAUGUUGGGGAGGUGAAGGAGAAAGAGAAAGCCAAGAAACAGUAUGAGAAGGCUGUUUCCUCUGGACACACUGCUGGACUGGUCAAAGCUUCUGGGAGGACGAUGGAGAAGUUUUCAGUGUCUGUCAACAUCGCAGCCAAAAGCAACGUGACUUUCAUUCUGACCUACGAGGAGCUCCUUCAGAGGAAACUGGGCCAGUAUGAGAUUCUGACUCGAGUUAAACCCAAACAACCAGUGCAGGAGUUUCAGAUUGUGACAAACAUCUAUGAGCCCCAGGGCAUUGCUUUUGUUGAGGCCACUGCAACCUUCCUCUCCAAUGAGCUGCUCCCCCUGGUGGAGAAAACCGUCACAGACACAAAGGCACACAUCUCUUUCUCACCAACACUGGAGCAGCAGAGGAAAUGUCCAGAAUGUGAAGGCACCAUAAUUAACAGAGAUUUCAUCAUCAAGUACGAUGUGAAACGAAGAGAGGGCCUUGGGGAACUUCAGAUUGUGAACGGAUACUUUGUGCACUUCUUUGCUCCACCUGACCUGCCCAGAGUCCCAAAGAAUGUGGCGUUUGUGAUUGACAGGAGCGGAUCAAUGAGUGGAACAAAGAUGGCACAGACCCGCGAUGCACUGGUGGCCAUCCUGAAAGACCUCCACGAAGAGGACCACUUUGCUCUGAUCCUGUUUGAUAAUAAAAUUACCACCUGGAAGGACUCUCUUACCAAGGCAACAAAGGGAAAUGUGACUGAAGCCAUUGCCUACAUCAGGAAACUAAGAGACAAAGGAGCCACCAAUAUCAAUGACGCUGUACUGAGGGCAGUGAGCAUGCUGGAGAGAGAAAGACGAGACAAGAACCUUCCAGAGAGGAGUGCGGACAUGAUUAUUUUACUGACUGAUGGGAUGCCAAACAGCGGGGAGUCCAACCUGAAGAAGAUUCAGGAGAAUGUGGGCUCUGCUAUUGGAGGGAAGAUGACUUUGUUCUCUCUUGGAUUUGGAAAUGAUGUGGAUUACUCCUUCCUGGAUGUGAUGUCCAGACAAAACAAAGGAGUAGCCCGCAGGAUCUUUGAGGGUUCAGAUGCAGCUGUUCAACUCCAGGGUUUCUAUGAGGAGGUGGCCAGCCCUCUGCUCUUGGAGGUAGACCUGCGUUAUCCUGACCAAGCAGUGGUUUUCGUGACCAAAAACCACUACAGCCAGUUGUUUAACGGCUCAGAGAUCGUGGUGGCCGGUCGGCUGAUGGACAAUGACCUAGGCAACUUCCUGGUGGAGGUGUUCGCCCAGGGGCCGAAGGAAAACUUCCAGGUGCAGGGAAAGGCCAGUGUGGUAAACUUGGAUGUGAUCUACCCAGACCAGGAGUACAUCUUUGGGGAUUUCUCAGAGCGUCUGUGGGCCUACCUCACCAUCCAACAGCUACUGGAGAACCGUGACAUUGGUACUCAGCAAGAGAAAGACAAUGCGACAGCCAAGGUACUGGACUUGUCCCUGCGAUACAACUUUGUCACCCCUCUCACCUCCAUGGUGGUCACCAAGCCUGAAACUGAGGACGGACCAGUCGGCCCUCUCAUCGCUGAUAAACUGACUGAGGACCAGCGACAGAAAGCAGAGAGACAUAGUGGAUACGUUGAUGAUGUUACUGCUGAGAGCGAAGAUUACUCGAUGUCAGACAGCGAAGAUGAUUACUUGAUGUCAGAGAGCGUCGAUGAUUACUUGAUCCCAGCGAGCCAAGCUUACUGGAUUUCAGGGGGCGAAUAUGAGUAUGACGUGAGAAAUGACGCUACGUGCUUCAACAUCAACGACAAACCAGGAACCAUUUGCAACCUGGCUAGACAACCUAUGACAAUGUUACUGAUGGUUACACUGAUAAUGUGUGCUGUUUGUGAAAGUUAGAAAGUAGACCGAUGGAUUUACUGAUGACAUAAAUAAUAUGUUAUGUAAAGCUUUCCAAUAUUAGGCUGUCAUAGAAUUAUAUAAGUCUGAGGAUUUCACAUACCAAAUUAACUUCUCUACACUUCUUUGCAAUCCAAUCAAUAUUUUGCUGUACAUUCUUUUAGCCUCCUGUCAGUGCAGUACUGCCUGUACCUCGCUCAGCCCAGCAUAUUUGGGUUUAAUGUAUUUGCACUUUGGGUUCACUUCAAGGUAACAUGGGUGCGUACAUGACCUCGGCCACAACUGUACCAAUUGUGUUGUGCCUCACUCUGUGCUUUGGGAGCUGCAACCUUGAUUCACAAUACAGCUAUUGAAAAAGUGUUUUUUCAACAGCUGAACAACUUCUUGGCGUAAAUAACUGUUUUGAUGUCUUCCAGUCAGGCC